CACCGAGGUCGCCGAUGGCAGUGUCAUCCGUCGCCUAAAACCCAAGAAGAGCAUACUGAGAUUCGGAGGGUUGAAACGUUCGAUAUUGCCGUCGCCAAGCCAGAACUCAACAAUGUCAUCGUUGGAACCACAGCGGUCAUUGGACAAUAUUGCGCGCGAGAUCGCCGAGGCUGAGGACGCGCAUGCAGUUAAUAUUGACGGGAAUGCCGAAGGUAAUACGCUGGUGGAGACGCUCAUUCGGUUGAAUAACCUGCAAGAUAACCUGGAGCAGGUCGGCUACUAUGGAAAGGAGCUUUGGGACGAAGUACUCGCUGUCUGGAACGUGUUAGCAAAAGCUGUGAAUGAGCGCGCGAAAAUGGACGGGGAAGGGCAGAGCGAGGAAGGUGAAGGAGAUGAGGAAUGAACUUGUCAGACAGGCUGAAAACACACUCGUGGUGCUGGUCACUUAAUGGACUUCUUUGUUGUACAAUGUUAUCAUGUAUUGCCCUCGUCUUGCUUUGUAUGGAGUUUUCUGAUGUG